AACUUGGGUCCAUUGUCCCAGAGCACUUCCGGGUACUUGGGUCAACCCCUGUGCUCGGACAUCUGUGGGCUGUUCCUCCCCCCAUGCUGGGAAUGGAGUGACCCGAGCAUAUAAAGUCUAGCUCAGUGGCCGCUUUAGCUUUAGUAUGAGGAGGACGGCGGGAGCGCUGGUCCGUCCGCAGUGAUGCCAGAAGAGCAGAACCUACCGGCCAUGUAUAUCUUCUCGGUCAAAGCCACUGGAUAGAGGAGCUGCAUAAAGUUUACGGAGUAUCGCCCUACUGGUGUCCCCUGUGCCUUCCCUUCUCAUUUUAGUUGAAUCACAAUGGCGGUGAUAAUCUGAGCUCUUAUUCCUGAUUUCGGGGGAUGACUAUGGCUGAACCUCGGAGGGUGCCGAUCUCCAGUGCUCCAUCCAAUGUGUCUAUACAGCCGCCUUCUCCUAAGAAGCCGCGCAUUAAUCACCAGGACGCGGAGAUGUCGGUGGCCGCCACCGUCCGCAUUGCGCUGACUCUCUUCGAGCCGAAUCAGAAGAAGUGCCCUGAGUUCUUCUAUCCAGAGUUGUUACGUAAUCUGCAAGGAAACCACAAGAAAGCUGCAGAGAAGGCUCCGAAGACACAGUUUAAUCCCUUCAGUCAUGAAGAAGCCGAGAGGAAGGAAGUUGAAGCGUUAUCAAAGAAGUUUGAAGAGAAAUAUGGAAAGAAAAGGCGCAGAGACCGCAUGCAGGAUCUUAUUGAUAUGGGCUAUGGCUAUGACGAGUCUGACUCCUUCAUUGACAACUCAGAAGCAUACGAUGAACUUGUUCCAGCCUCCCUGAACACAAAGUAUGGAGGAUUUUACAUAAACUCAGGAACAUUGCAGUUCAGACAAGCUUCUGAAUCUGAAGAUGAAUCUGUCAGAGAGAAGAAAAAGAAAUCUCCCAAGAAAAUCAAGGAGCGAGGAGACAAAGUGAAGAAAAGAAAAAAAAACGAAGACAAAAAGAGCAAGAAAAGCAAAUACUCUAAAUCUGGUUUCACAGCUCUGAAUGGCACCAAAGACAAGAUGAAGAAGAGGAUGCUGGUCAAUCUACACGAGAUGUUGGCAAAGUUCGAAAAGGAUAAGAAAACUUUUGAGAAAUGGACGACUUCCAUAGCUGCCACUACAACCACUGCUCCUAAAAUGUCUUCAUCCACCCCAACUGCACCAGUCCUACCCCCGCCACCCCCACGAGAGGCCGAGCCAGCGCCAGAUCCCUUACUGACCGCCACUGUGUCAGAAAGUGAACUGGUCCAAGCUGUCAACGCCAUGGAGUCCUUGACUGGAAAGGAACUGGAUAAACUGGACGUCCCUCCUGAGAAAACUGGGGUAACUGUUAAGGAGGAGUUUAAGAAGCCGCCAUCCGUCCCAGAGGGUCUACCACCUUCAUUAGAAAAGAAAAUAAAGGAGUUUGCAAAGUGGGUACAGACGCCUGAUGGAGACAAGAAAGUAAAACUAUAUUCCCCACAAAUGAAUGCUGCUCUUUUAGACCUUUACCUUCUGUGUCGGGACCUGAGUUCUAGCUUGCGCUCCUCUGUGUUCAGCCAUCUCUCCUCCAUCCUCCCCUGCAGUAAGGAAGCUCUGGUGAAGUGGGCCAACCGCCUCUACUUGGUGAAACAGGGCGAACAAUUGCGGGAGCCAUUACGAAAGCUCAAAGAAGCAGUGGGGAAAGCCAUGCCAGAACAGAUCGUCAAGUAUCAUGCAGAAUUAAAGGUGUACAACCAAGCCAAAUAUGCUAAGAUGCUGUCUGAAGACAAGGAUAAAGACCGGAAGACACCAUCUGAAGAGGAAGAAGAAGAAGACAAGGGGAGCAAGAAAGCUGCCGGGCCUCGGAAGAAGUUCCAGUGGACAGAGGAGAUCAGGCAGCUGCUGUGUCAUCUGGUGCGAAUGAAGGUGGACAUGUAUGAGCCAGAGGUAAUGGGGACGCCGAGUCUGGAGGACUACUUAAAAUGCUUCCUGGAUGAGGAGGUGAAACCUUUGUGGCCCAGAGGCUGGAUGCAAGCCCGGACGCUGUUUAAGGAGAGCAGACGGCUGUACCCCCAGCUCAGCUCCAUGAUGGCAAAGAACAAAACUGUUAAUCCACCUAAAAUAAAAGCAAAGGAAUCCUUCAAUAGGCUAGAGAAGAACGUUCCUAGUUCGUCUAUGGAAUCCCAAGUUUCUGCAGUCACCAGACCAGCGUCAGCCAAGGAUAGUCCUCCCUCCGUGGCGUCCUCUUCUGGGGGGUCUCCAGUGUCCGCUCACACUCAGGACAAUUCACUGGACGGGGAUCUGAUCCACAACCCCCCGUCACUGGAGGGAGUUUCGGAGCACUUGUCGGCCCUUUCUGGCAGAUCCUCCGGCCUGGUCUUUGAGUUUCCCGUCCCCUCUAAAUCUUCUGUUCCUGAGAAGCCCAUCAUGGUGGAGGAAAAGAAGAAACCAUGCCCUCCUAUCUCUGUCCCCGGGUCUUUACAGGCGGCAGCACGGCCAGUUUUCAAUAAGAAGUUUAUAGUUACAAACUCGGAGAAGAAAGUGGCCUCUCCCUUGCCCAGUCCGAAGCCCUUAUCUGAAACCCAGCAGAAGCAGCCGUCUCCGCACCAACCUGUGAAGACCGCACACCCGUCUGUACAGCCCACCAUGAGUCUCUACCAGAUAGGCAACAAGGGCAGCUUUACUCAUCCUAUACAAAGUGGAGGGGCCAAAGUCACGGCACCCUCACAGCAGCCUCCCACCCCUCAGACCAAGCCGCUAAAACCCCAAGCCAUUCCACCCUCAUCAUCCACCACUCACAAGCCUAUAGCUUCUCCAGGAUUCAUAGUAAAACCCCCCAGCAAUUCCAUCCCUUCAGGAGUUCAGAUUUACAGGGGCCCUGUGAGCCGAAUGCCGGCAACGCCACAUGGUAACUUGGGAAACAAUAGCGGGCAAAAUGCCACCAUGACUGUGAAUCCACCCACUUCGUCCGGAAAUCGCAAUCCCGCCACAAUGUCUACCAAAAAGUCCACCCGCCCUCCCCAGAAACUGACCCUGAUGGCUCCUCAAGACUCUGGGAAAGGGACACAAGGAGUAGCCAAGUUACUGACAUCGUCUAUGGUGGCUGCAGCAGGAGGAAACGCUGCAUCUAACAUUAAUAAGGGCAAUGUAGCACCUGGAUUGCUUGGCACCGCUCCGCUGACCAUCCUGACCUCGUCUUACAAACAAAACGGAGGGAAGAUGCCUGCACCGACCUCGCUGAGCCUGCUCUCCCCCAUCAGUAACUUCCCCUUACACGUCGUGUCCUUCACCACCGAGCCUUCCCCCAAAGCUGGAGCUUCAAAAGAUGCCAUAGUCACAGGGCCGGCCCCGGGCACCUUCAACCACGGGCUACCAAGGAAUAUCCUGGGUGGUCUACGUACCAGUACCGGCCAUCAUUCCAGCCCAAUUCCUCACCCAGCCUUAUCUGGACACAUUCAGCCGGCACAGACAGAUGGCGCACACACCCACAGCAAAGGUACCGUGCCUUCCCAGAUGAGGACCAGCCGACCGAACAACCCCUGAGGACCCGGUCGUCCAUUCUGGACGCCGCCGUCAGCACUUUCCUACACAUUUCACACCUAUUUUAUACUCGGCAGCAGUGGACGGCCACAGAUUUUAUAUUUGUGUACAUGAGAAAGCUCUUAGUUUUUUUUUUUGUUUUUUUUUAGUACACAGGAUCGAUACCACCACAUCUUUUCUUCAUCUUCUAUACAUUUCUAUGGUAACAGCCAAUAUAUGCACAGCUGACUGCACUAUUGUUACAAAUAUGAAGAGUAAAUCCGCUCCCACGUUUCCCAAACACGGCUUGACUCUAAUAUGAAUGGAAGAACAUCGGAAUAGCA